CCCAUAACCUUUUUUAGUAGCUCUUUGAAUGAUAUAUUUUGGUUCUGUUAAUAUCAAUACAAAUCAAUGCUACUCGCUCACUCACUUCCAGUUCCAGUUCCAGUUCCAGACUUUCCAAGUUUGACCCCGAGGUAGUAUCGUAUAGAAUUAUCCCGCCGAAUAAAUCCCAUCGACCACCAUUAUUACCUACCUCGGCGCAUGUCCAUCUCUUCCAUUUCCCUUUCCCACUUGCCAUGGCCAAAAAGGCGCGUCAGAGGAUAAGUUACGUUCUUGAACUUGAUCAUUCUUCAUCCGGCGGCCAUAGGCUCGGUGUAAACGGACUUGCAGUAGACCGAGACAACGCUAUCCUCUAUUCCGGAGGUAGGGACGGAGUUAUUUGUGCCUGGGACUUGAAUCUUGAUCUAAAUCGUUAUUCUCACUGUAACCGCGCCUCUAGCCAAAAUGCAAAACCCCAACCGACUACCAAAUUCCGCGCAUCGACCCAAGCUCAUACCCACUGGGUGAAUGAUAUUGUUCUCGCUUCCAACAAUUCCGCUCUCGUCUCCGCGUCCUCCGACCUAACUGUGAAAGUAUGGCAACCCGAAUUUGGAGAUACCGAACCCUACACCAUCGGCCAGCAUGCCGACUACGUAAAGUGUGUCGCGACACCGGGUUCCGCGGACUGGGUGGCUUCCGGUGGCCUGGAUAGGAAGAUCUAUCUCUGGGACCUCAAUGGCAAGGGGAAGUCCUUAGAAAUCGACGUUAGGGGCGAAGAUGUUAGCGAGAAGGCUUCCGUAUACGCCAUGUGCGUCAACCAGAAUAUUCUAGCCAGCGGAGGCCCGGAAUCAGUUGUACGGUUAUGGGACCCCAAGUCGGGGAAGAGGAUCACCAAAUUGGUCGGUCAUACAGACAAUAUCCGUGCGAUAUUAAUGAACGAGGCUGGCGACACCGUCAUGACCGCGAGCUCGGAUCAAACCAUCAAAGUCUGGAGCGUCACCGCUGGUAGGUGCAUGUAUACGCUCACUAUGCACAACGAUAGCGUUUGGUCACUAUUUUCCGAAGACCCGGAACUGGCUGUCUUUUACAGUAGCGACAGGUCUGGCCUCAUCGUCAAGACAGACACUAGGGGGACUGUAGAGAUGGACGAAGGCCUAUCCGUGGCUGUAGCUCAAGAACACGACGGAGUCAACAAACUGGUAGCUUGUGGAGACUACAUAUGGUCGGCUACCUCUAGCUCUUCUAUUAACAGGUGGACAAAUGUUGAUACUGGCCCGGAUGCUCUUAUUCCGGACGCGUUCAGACACUUGCGGGCUAUUAACACAAUCUCCAUGCCAAGAACGUCAUCCACGUCGUCUAUGGCGUCGGCGGAUGGAUCGGCGAAAACCGAAAUCUCGGCAAAGUCGAUAUUGCGGAUUUCGAAUACCGCAUCUUUCCCGCCGGAGCUCAAUGACCCCCUCGAGUCUAAUUUGACAAGCGCCGCGUCUAGGAAGGGUUCGGAAAUUCUCGGCGACUCUAUCGCGCCUGUCGUCGAGCCCAUACAUCACCUACCAGAAGAAACAAUUGAAGGGCAAAACGGAUUAGUGAAGCAUAAACUCCUUAACGACCGGCGACGAGUAUUGACUCUCGACACCGCGGGCGAUGUAUUACUAUGGGACCUUAUUAAGUGUGAAGUUAUUCAGAGAUUCGGAAAGAAACACCUUGAAGAUGUUGAACCUGAAGUCAAUACUUUGGAAGCUGUUGCUCCUUGGUGCUCUAUCGAGACGAGUUCGGGCAAUUUGACUGUGAUAUUGGAACCUUUUAAUUGUUUUGACGCUGAGAUGUAUGCUGAUGAGCUCGUACUUUCGGAGCCCAUCGAAUUUCGUGAAGAUCAGAGAAUAAACCUUGGAAGAUGGAUUCUUCGAUACUUAUUUGCCAAGUUAAUUGACGAGGAAAUCAAGCGAGACGAGAUUCAUAGACUAAAACUUAAUGAAGUCGUGGAGAGACGAAAGGCGGCCUCUCGAAUAAAUCCACCAAUAUCAAUAUUUAUACCUACGUCGAAUGCCCAAGCGUGGCCAUCUAGCGAUUCUCCGGCGACAACACCAAGGCCGAACGGAACUAACUACCCAUUGAGCCCUACCAUGGCAAUUGGUGUAGCUACUCCCGCUCCUAAUCUUGGGUUAGGGUCUCCUGAUAAUACAGCUGCACCUGCUAGUCCUCUUGAAAAGCUCUCUCAAGCGACAAACCAAUCUUCUGGUGAGGACUACUUCUCUACUGGCAUCAGCUCAGCAGAUGCUCCUGUAAAAGCCGCGACGACCCCAGUAGCAACGGAACAGGCACCUGUUAAAGAGGAGACGCCGAAGACUCCAGCAGAGACUAAAGAUAAGGAGGUCAAAUCCCCUAGUACGCCCUUUGGUAAGAAAUUCCGAAUGGGCAUGUCUUUUGGGAGUAAGAAGCUGGGAAGAUCUUCAUCUACCGCUAUUGAGAAGCCGGUUGUUACGGAAGACAAAACAGAGGAAAACAAGUCGGAAUCAUCUUCGAACCACGAGAAGGAGGUGGAUGACAACUUUCGCGGCGUCGUCCAAAAGAUUCGCAACGACUACGAGAAGCAACUGCUGGAGGCCCCGAACGACCUGAUCGAAACCAAAAUAACCCCCGCCCUACCCAUCGAUGCGCCGGUGCUGAAGCUACCGCCUGGUACGAAAGUCAUCAUCCAAGAAGAAACAUCCGGUGGUAGCGCCAACUUGUAUAGGGGUACGGUGAUGAGCGUCGGAGUCGAUGCAGAUAUCAUCGAAGAAAAAGCCCCUAUGUGGCUAGGCGAAGUUCUACUUACGAACACGAUUCCUCAAAAAGAUCCGGUCAAGAUUUCGUUCGUACUACACCCUUGGAAGGAUUCGUUGCCCAGCAUUGCAACCACAGAUGGAAACAACCGCCUCAAUGCGAACAGGAUGUUGAGGGUAAAGAAAAUCUUAGCUUACGUUGCGGAAAGAAUCGAUCCACAGCCCGAAGAGCCUGAUCCCGACGCUCUCAAGCCCGAGGAGUACCUGGAACUGUAUUGCAACGAUCAGCUAUUACCAAACACUAUGAGCCUUGCAACACUGCGCGCUCAUAUUUGGAAAGGAGGAAAUGACGUAGUCUUGUAUUAUAAAGCGAAUGGUCGAAAGGAGAUUCCAAAGGAGCUCCCGCAACCAACACUUGAUGACCCUGCGGUAUCAGACCCGGGAGGACAGCAGACAAUACCGCCGAUAGCUACCGUCAGUUGACGGACCUGAGGUUUGACAGGAGGGAGGGUAUCAUCCAUUAUUGUCUACGUCCGGUAAAUCUAAAAAGAUGGGGUAUUCUCUAUCGUCUGUUGUACAUACUCUCUCUCGCUCUCUCUGUCUGUCUCCCGAACCGCGAUCUUAAAACACGGCGGCUACUACUUAG